CACCCUGGUUCACGACCCAGCAUCCUGCUUGAUCACUACCUGUCACCGCACAAUGCUGGGAGGCCUGGGGAAGCUUGCCGCUGAGGGUCUGGCCCACCGCACUGAGAAGGCCACUGAGGAAGCUGCUCACGUCGUGGAAGGAGUGGUGAAGGAGGUGGUAGAGCACGCCAAGGAGGCUGGAGAGAAAGCCAUUGCUGAAGCCUUUAAGAAGGCCCAUGAGACCGGGGACAAAGUGGUCAAGGAGGUCACUGAGACAGUGACCAACACAGUCACAAAUGCCAUCACGCACGCAGCAGAAGGCCUGGGCAACCUGGGGCAGUGAGCACACCCACCACCAGCAGACCCUUCCAGAAUCUCAAUAAAAAGCUGUGAAAUGUG